ACUCCCCCCAUCCUUCGUCCUGUCUUCCCCACCCCCAACCCCUUCCCUUAUCCUUUCCCUUCCCUCAUCCCCAAAAAUUCCGGCUGCUCCUCUCCGGGGAACUUUGUGGGGUUCCUGGCAGGCAGGGCUGGAUGGCGGCGGGGCGAGCGGCAGCGACAUGAAGAUGCUGAUGGUUUAAAGCCGAGGGAAAAAAAGAGAGAGAGAGAGAGAGAGAGAGAGGCGAGGGGAAAGCCAAAAAAAAAUUUUAAAAAGGGGGAAGAGAGAGGAGAAAACAUCUGGAGGAAGGCGAAGGAGGACGUUAUUGAUGACAAAAGGAUGGGUUUCCAUGUGAUCAAGCAGCGGAGAGGCUCCAGGGUGCUGCUGGGGCUGCUCCCCCUGGCGCUGCUGGCGGGGCUGGCGGGCGCCCAGCGAGCCUGCCCCAGGAGCUGCCGCUGCGACGGCAAGAUCGUGUACUGCGAGUCGCACGCCUUCCGAGACAUCCCCCACAACAUCUCCAGCGGCUCCCAGGGCCUGUCCCUGCGCUACAACAGCAUCCAGAAGCUGAAAUCCCACCAGUUCGCCGGCCUCAACCAGCUCAUAUGGCUUUACCUCGACCACAACUACAUCAGCUCUGUGGACGAGGACGCCUUCCAGGGGAUCCGCCGGCUGAAGGAGCUGAUCCUGAGCUCCAACAAAAUCACCCACCUCCACAACAAGACCUUCCACCCCGUGCCCAACCUCCGCAACCUGGACCUGUCCUACAACAAGCUGCAGGUGCUGCAGGCGGAGCAGUUCAAGGGGCUCCGCAAGCUGCUGAUCCUGCACCUGAGGUCCAACUCGCUGAAGACGGUGCCCAUCCGCGUUUUCCAGGACUGCCGCAACCUCGACUUCCUGGAUUUGGGCUACAACCGCCUGCGGAGCUUGUCCCGCAACGCCUUCGCCGGCCUCCUGAAGCUGACGGAGCUCCACUUGGAGCACAACCAGUUCUCCAAGAUCAAUUUUGCCCACUUCCCGCGGCUCUUCAACCUCCGCUCCAUCUACUUGCAGUGGAAUAGGAUCCGCUCCAUCAGCCAGGGGUUGACGUGGACCUGGAGUUCCUUGCACAACUUGGAUUUAUCGGGCAACGACAUCGCGGGGGUGGAGCCCGGCACCUUCCAGUGCCUGCCCAACCUGCAGAAGCUGAACCUGGAUUCCAACAAGCUCACCAACAUCUCUCAGGAGACCAUCAACACGUGGAUCUCGCUCAUCUCCAUCACUCUGUCCGGGAAUAUGUGGGAAUGUACUCGAAGCAUUUGCCCCCUGUUUAAUUGGCUUAAGAAUUUCAAGGGAAAUAAGGAGAGCACCAUGAUCUGCGCAGGCCCCAAACACAUCCAGGGCGAGAAGGUGAGCGACGCCGUGGAAACCUACAACAUCUGCGCCGAAAUCCAGGUGGUGGCUACUGAAAGGUCCUACCAGGCUCCCAAAACCCCCCAGAGACCCGUGUUCGUCCCCAAACCCACCCUCUCCAAACUGGAAAGCCACCAGCCGACGUCCGCCGCGCCGAGCCCUUCCGCGGACAUCCCGACGCCGGCGGUGGAGCCGGAAUACGAGCACGUGUCCUUCCACAAGAUCAUAGCGGGGAGCGUGGCCCUCUUCCUCUCCGUGGCCAUGAUCCUGCUGGUCAUCUACGUGUCCUGGAAGCGUUAUCCCGCCAGCAUGAAGCAGCUCCAGCAGCACACGCUGAUGAAGAGGCGCAGGAAAAAGGCCCGGGAGUCAGAGAGGCAAAUGAACUCCCCCUUGCAGGAAUAUUACGUGGACUACAAGCCAACAAACUCUGAGACCAUGGAUGUAUCCGUUAAUGGAUCUGGGCCCUGCACCUACACCAUCUCUGGCUCCAGGGAAUGCGAGGUCCCUCACCACAUGAAGACCUUGCCCUACUACAGCUACGACCAGCCCGUGAUCGGCUACUGCCAGGCCCACAAGCCCCUCCACGUCAACAAGGGCUACGAGACGGUGUCCAGGGAGCCAGCAGAGACCUCCGCCCUGGACCUGGGCCGCGACCACAGCUUCAUCGCCACCAUCGCGCGCUCCGCCGCCCCCGCCAUCUACAUCGAGAGAAUACCCAACUAGCGUCGGCCACCACCUCUGGGGACAGCUCUGGGAGGGACCUUUGGUCCUGCAGGAGACCAGGCAAGGCGUUCCAACGCCGCCGUUCCGGCGGGAAACACUCCCGAGGGCCGGGGACGGCGGCGGCCUCGGCGCGGCGCGGAACGCGGCGCGGAGAACUUCAGGAUUUCCCUUUGCUUUAAACUUUCCAACAAAUUCCUCGGUGUAAAUAUUAAAGAGAGAGAGAGAGA